AUGGAGUCGACGGCUUUCAAUCACCACCAGAAUUGCCUUGGGCCACGAGCUAACUCUGUAUUCAGCCAGUCGUGGACGACACUCAAAAGCUUGCAUUCGUCAAAGGAGAAAUACCACAACGUCUUCACCACCUACCCGGAGAAUCCCAAUCUAAUAGCCAUUCACACUGCUCCCAAGCUGGGUAUUGGCCAGAGAGCUUUCCUUUGUCUUGGUGGUGCAGCCACUGGAAAUAUCCUAUGGGACUGUAUUACCUAUCUUGAUGAGGAAACGAUUCAGCGCGUAAACUCACUUGGGGGAAUCGACGCCAUUGUGAUUUCGCAUCCACACUACUUUUCCACCAGUAUUCAAUGGGCUGAGACCUUCAAUUGUGACCUGUACAUAUCCGCAGAAGAUGAGGAGUGGCUCGGGAAUUGUGGUGAUGGUCAGAGACUGAAAUUGUGGAAUGGGCAGAGACUUAGCUUUCCAUCUUCAGGCAAAUCUGAUGGCAAUCAAGAUGCAUCGGAUAUAAUCGCUGUCAAGACGGGUGGUCAUUUCCCUGGGAGCUCGGUCCUUUGGUGGAAGUCGGCCAAAAAGCUCUUCAUUGCCGACACCAUUAUGAUUGUUCCGAGUGGCCUUUACACCGUCAAUCGCCCACCUGGCACUGCCUCUUUUGCGUUUAUGUGGUCGUAUCCCAACUAUAUUCCUCUUCCUCCUGAUGCUAUAUAUGAUAUUUGGAAAGCGAUCAAAGACCUCGAUUUCAAUGAUGCUCACGGUGCAUUCUUAGCACAGGACACCAGAGGCAAAAGCAAAGAAAGAAUCCUUGAAAGCGCCAAGAUUGUCGUCAAGGCAUCUGGCUACCUUCAACAUCCUUUGCUGAACGAAGUAUAG